GCGGUGCAUACACGACUCCGGUCUGCACCAGGGAUUAUAGUAGCGCUCUCAGAUCUGAUGGAGGACAUGCAGGCAUGAAUAGGGCUGUUGUGUUGUCAGUGCGAGCUCAUGCUAGUGAUGGACUACAGCCGGACGGACGCUAACCUUAGCUGGCAUUCACAAAACAGCAUUCCUCCUAACUGAGACCAGCUCCACAGAAUGCUGAGUCCUAUUGUCCCCUAUAGCCUAUUAAAGAUGCACUGGAAUCCAGAGCAUGCCCAGUCCCUCAGCCAGUGGCCCGAGCAGCACCUGGACGUCUCCUCCACCACCUCCUCUCCGGCCCACAAGUCGGAGCUAUACGCCGGUCGCGGGCGCGGUGGCUAUAACCACGCCUGGGCCAAUGACGACAUAUCCGCUCUCACGGCCUCCAACCUGUUGAAGCGCUACGCUGAAAAGUAUUCUGGCGUGCUGGACUCACCAUAUGACCGGCCACCCAAUGUUGGCACAUACCCAGAGCCAGUGGGAUUCGGGGGCCUCAGUGUCCCAAAGACUGAGCUGGAGCCCUGGCCACUGACACACAGCACUGAUGCCUCCUAUUCCCUGGUGCCCCCUGGAGGCCAUGACAGCCUCUCAGGUUCCAAGGCCCAGUCCGCAGGCCCGCCAGGGGUUAGUAUAGUCUCUGUGAACAGUAACCUCUCAGACUCGGGCUACAGCGGCAGCAGCUCCUGCAGUGGCUCCGGAGAGUAUCCCUCAGGCUACAAUGGCACCUAUCUUUCCUCAGGCUACUGUCCCCAACCUGGUGCAGCACUUCCUCCUGCUUCCCUCCACACUCUCCAAACCAGCACUACCCUAGUCCCCAGCUACAGCCCUACCACACCUGUCUAUAACUACCCCCCCAGCACGUACCCUCCCCAGACCAGCCUUGCCCAAAGCUACAGCCACCCCUCUGCAACUUACCUUUCCUCAGGCCUAUCAGCCCUAACCCCCGUUCCUUCGAGGCCCACAGUGGUAGGAGGCAGCUACAGUUACCAGAGCACUAACCAUGGGACAUCUGAGUCUGGAGGGACAUUAAUAAAGAGAAAGGCAUUUGAGAUGAGUCUAGAAGAGGAUGAGAGUGGGGACGGGUCUCGUUACAGGAAGUAUGGCUAUGACUCAUUGAAGGCCGGGGGACACUCACCCUACAGUGUGAAUGAUAAAACAGAGUGUCGGGGAAACGGCUUCAGCAGUUCAGGCAGCACAGACCCUCAAACCUUUAAGCCCAGUAAGCCCUCCUCGCAGCCACUGGUGUCUCCUCAGUAUGGGGCAGCAGGGGAGUACAGCCCCCCAGCGGGCAUGACGGGGGAGAACGGUGUGUCAGAGCAGGGCUUCAUCCAGCAGCACCGCUCCCACAAACGCCUUCCACUGUGUGCUCCGACUGCAGACCCUAUGAAGAGUCCAGACCCCCGCAUGUUGGACCUUGUCAAUGGGGAGUUACUAGACUGCAGCCCGGCGCUGGGCUGGGGCGAGCUGGCCGGGCUCACACAUGUCAAAGCUGCCCUGGAGGAGGACCUGCUGUGGCCCGUGUUGAGGCCCAGUCAAAUGAUUCAGCCACCAAGAACCGUCCUGCUGUUCGGCCCCCGGGGAGGGGGGAAGACCACGUUGACUCGUUCUCUGGCUUCACAGUUAGGGGCAUCGUUCUACCGGUUGAGUGGAGCCAUGCUGGCGUCCAAAGGGAAGGCUGAGGCCGAGCACAUUCUGGGAUCUCUUCUGCAGUUGGCGGGGGCACGGCAGCCCUCGGUGGUGCUGCUCAGCCAGGUGGAGGCCAUGGAGGAGGAGGGGCUGAGGCAGACCCUGCUGAGCACCCUGGAGAAAGCCCAGGUGGGGACCCCAGGUCUGGUGAUUCUUGUCUGUGCCACUGGAAGGCCAGAUCUGCUGCAGGAUGCGGUCCAUCGGAGCUUUGCCAAGCGAUAUCACGUGGGCCUGCCUGAUGUGGGUAUGCGCAGGCAGGUGCUGCUCCAGGCCCUGGCGCCUCAGGGCUGCAGUCUGAGCGAGCGGGAGCUGAGCACCGUGCUGCAGCGCACAGAGGGCUUCUCAGUGUGGGAGGUGCUGCAACUCACCCAGCAGGCCCUCACCUCAGCCUCCUCCCCCACCAGGGCCAUGCACGGCCACCCCACAUCCUCAAAACCCCCAGCCUUCACAGACUUUGAGAGUGCCUUCUGCAAGGUGCGCCCACACACCACUGCGAAAGAACUGGACACUUGUACAGAGUGGAGCAAGAUGUAUAACCACUGAGAAGAGCAGCUAGUCUCUGCACUCGGACUGCAUUACGACUCUGUCUUUGCUUCGACAUGGAAAGCCUUGGGAAUGUUUGGUUGUUGUUUUGUAAUUACAGAUUAUGCAGCCAAAAGAGCCAGAGAAGCUCAACGCUAAGGGAGAGCUGACAGAGUUGUUUUAAUGGCAGAAGCAUGCCAUGGUGUGCUGUUUUCAUUUUCGUAUGAAUAUCCGCAAUAUUUUAGUUUUCCCAAAGAAAGAAAAGGGCCUUCUUGAGUGGGGUAGUGUAUUAGUCUUUUGGCCAAUGGGAAAAUCAGAUUAUAAACUAUUUGGAUACUCUCAGAGAUCCUGAUUAGCCUUGGUCCGGGACAAAAUCAAUUAUGUGUUGCUAGGUGACGUGGUCCAAGAUUAUGGAUGGAUAAUCAGGGUUUGGAAAAUCCCCCUUUGACUGCUACUCUCAGGAUCCUAUUUAUUGCCAGUCCACUUCAUGUUGAUUUAGUCAUUGGAUUGUCUCUAACUAUUCAGAACAAAGGGCUUAGGAUCAGCAACAAUUCAGCAAACCACAGUUUUUGACCAAAAAUACGUCAAACCAAAUGCAUAAUCAGCAGUUCUGCAAUAUUUCAAAAAAUAGACUGAUACUUAUAAUCACAAUAGAUUAUUCCAAACGUGCUGCUGUCCUUCCCGGGGGUCAAGUUGUCACUCGUCUUGUUUGGUUGUAAUAAUACUUCACAUGCAUCUUAUUUAACUUACAAAUAGUAGUAUCCUAUCACUUAAUAGUACAAUACAUACAUUUUUCUUGAUCUCACAUUCCUCAUCGUCUGCAGUUUUCCUGAGAAUCCUCACUUACCAAAACAUGUACCUACAGCGUGUCUGUUGUCCCUUUCACUUACCCCUUUUGUUUUCUUAGUAUGUAGUAUUGUUUGAAAUGCUCAGGAAGAAUUUCUUUACCUCAGAAAUAUGAUAUAAAGAAUGUAUGUAAUCUUAGGGUCUUAGUAGAGUGGAGGAGCGAGGAGAAACCUGAAAGUCUUGUAAUCCCCACUACAGCUGGGCUUUUACCUCGGGAGAGAAACUUGAAUAUGCUACAAAGAGUAACAUUGAAUGUAAUUCAGGUAUUUCAAAGGAUAUUUGAUGCCAUAAAUCCAUGUAUUAUUAUAUAUGAAUAUA